AUGAAGAGAAGCCGAAAUUUGUCAGAUCUGCCCAUCCACCUUCAGUCCCGGGAAAGGGAUUCCCUGCAGCAGCUCUUAGUCCUUUCUGACUUUCACCGGUUCCCUUUUGCAGAAGGUGAUUUUUGUUUCCUGGUAAGGCAGGAGAAAUUCCACCUGUGGCUCUUUUCACCUUUCUGCAGACAAGGCAGGUGGAUCUUGGAGCGGCUCUGGGUAGAUGCAACCAGGAAGUCGCAGCCGCCUUGCCUGGACAAGCAGCCAGCCAGCCGCCCACACUCCUGCUCAGAGUUUGCGCCAAGGAGCUCCGGAGCCCUUCCUUGCCCUGCCGAGAAUGGGCCCUUUCCUGCGCUAGGGGGGCGAGCGGCACACUUUAGCCUGGAGGACUCGGCUGCUUUCUCAAGUUUCGCUUCCCUCCUUUACCGCGAGUGUAUGGCUCCUUCGCUGGAAGAGAAGACAGAGACUGCAACCUCUCCCAGGCCCCCGCCUGCCCCCCAUGUGUGGGGCUUGGGGGCUGUGGCUUCCGUUGCCCCCCUUAUCUUGCUGCUGCUGCUCUGCUUCCCCUUCAAAAGGAAAAAACGGCAAUUAUCAACCCGAACUUUUAAGAGGGACCCAUCAGAUCUCAUCAGCGUGACGAGACUGGAAGACCGGCCGAGGCCAGCUGAGAAGACCUUUGAAGAUGGAGAGUUGCACAACAGUAAUCAUCAGGCGGAGGGCCAAACGAAUGGUUUCACUGCAGACUUUGAGCGCAGAAACGCCAGCUCCCCAAAAGAAAUGCGCGCAGUUAGCUCAAACCACCAAACUCUGGAGAAGGCCGGAAAGUCGGAUCCGCACCACCUGGGACCAUCAGGAGCAUUGUGCGCAAAAGCAACUUCCCCGAGCUCGCUGCAGUUCAGGAAACUCCCGAUGACCCCAAAGGAGGCCCGUGCAUCUGAGGCGGAGCCCCUGAAUGGGAACAUCGACAACCAAGUUUACGAAAGCAUCGAGGAAGGAGAAAGGGCAUUAUAUACCAGGGACCGGUUGGAAAGAAGGCAGGGUUCUGACUUGACAAUCAUUAGCAGCGCAGGUUGUGGUGCAACUCCAGGGGACCCGUUUGCAGGAUCCGCCGAAUCACGCAGAAGGGACACAAGGACUAUAGGGUCCAGUGGGGUGCCAGUGCAGCCACCUACAGCCUUGCAGGACAGCCAGUCCCUGGGCCAGGUGCCGGGACCGACACCCGAGGGAGCGGCCCCCAUCCCGACCAGUUAUGACAUGGAGAAAAGGCUGAGCGCCAUGUAUGCCAAGGUGUGCAAGAGGCCCAGGCCAGCGCAGGAGUGGCAGCCGGCAAACCACCGCAAGGCCCCCGAACAGGAAGAGGAGGAGCCGCCCCCCAUCCCAGAGAAGCACUUUGAGAACAUCUACGAGACCUUGAGCCUCGAUGCUGAGGUGCAGGGAGGCGAGACAGCGGGUGCCAUCGCGCCAGCAGAGGUAUGAACCAGGGUUCGGGUGACGGAAGAGCAGAGGGAAGACUCUGGAAAAGACUGGAGACACACACAUGCCCCCCAGAGGUGUCAAGGCUCCUUCCAGGCCCCUCGGACAGAGGGCAGGUGGAAAGGAUUUUGGGACCCAGAAAGCAUUUCAGGAGUUGGGUUCUCCUCUGCCCCAGUAGGCAUUUUCCACGGGACCUGAAGGGUGGAGGGCUUUGGAUGGUGGUGGUGUUCUGUCGUAGGGUGCGGGGGUUGUGGUUGUCCGUGGGUCUUCCAAGAGUCGCACAGGAGCUUGUUGUCACGUGGAACAACAGACUCCGGCUCAAAGCAAGCACAGCUGCAUCCUUU